CGUACUUUGAUCAACAAAUACACGUGUGUGCACGUCGGUAUACUAAGGAGGAAUGGACAGUAUUUGUGCAUUUUGAUGACACUGACUAAUUACUGAUGCCUCGCUUCAUUGUGACGUGAACGAUGGUUCCUCCUUUCAGCACUUUAUUUAUCUAUAUAUCUAUAUAUAGGAGCAGCCUGAUGUAUGAGACUCUAUGAGGUCGUAGAAGACUGGAAAUAACAUCGAGCAGCUCCUUGUGGACCUUUUUUCCCUUUUUCUUUUCCCAAACGAAGUUAAGUGCCUACAAUGAAACCUCGGGACAUUAUAAAGGAAAAGAGCAGCCUGUGGAUAUUUGGCUAUGGCUCCCUUGUGUGGAAACCCGAUUUUGAAUACAAGAGAAGAAAAAUAGGGUACAUUAGAGGAUACAAGAGACGGUUCUGGCACGGAGAUGACUUUCAUCGAGGGGACAAGGAAAAGCCAGCCAGAGUUGUCACACUAAUAGCAGAUGAGGAGGCUUGCACGUGGGGCGUGGCCUAUGAAGUGACUGAGUGCCAGGUCGAAGCGUCUCUUCAGUAUUUAAACAUGAGAGAGGUUGUCCUGGGCGGGUACAUAACAGAGAUGGUGGAAUUCAUCCCUAAAGAGGGUCACGGUUCAGUGUUGUCCCUUGUUUACAUCGCCACACCUGACAACCCCAUCUACCUCGGGCCGGCCUCGGACGUGGAGAUUGCCGCCCAGAUUGCCAUCUGCAGAGGCAACACCGGCCACAACAUUGAGUACCUGGUCCGCCUUGCAGAAUUUAUGAGGCACCACUGUCCGGAGGUGGAGGAUGAGCACCUUUUCUCUAUCGAGACAGCUGUUUUGAACAUUUUCAGCAACUGCAGAGAGCUCAAAUCCAACGACAGGAAAUCCCUGCUGCUGGAAGUUAUAUAGAAAACUCCACACAGAGUAAACUCCAUUUUUUAUGAAAAUAAUUUUCAUUUUAGUGGAAAAAGAAAUGAAGUCUUGGUAAAUAUUUCAAGGGUAAAUGGUGCUUUAAAAGGAAAUAUGUUAUUUGGUUUCAACUAAAAGGGAGAAAACUAUCUCAUGUCACUCAGAAAUCUAUGACAUUCUCAUCUCAUCUGAUUUUUCAACUGUGAUCACAGACACUUUAAUAUGCAGGCAAUUCUCAUUGUAUUUCAUGUUGCACACAAAAAUCAGCGCGUCAUGUUUUUAAGAUUCCACA